AUGAAUGGAAUGAUCUCCAAGUUUUCUCUGAAUUCCGGAAAAGUUAUUGUUGUUGGACCUGACAUUCACAGUAAGGAUGGGAAGCUAAUUCCAGUGGCUGUGAACGAAGGCGAUACUGUUCUUUUGCCAGAGUAUGGGGGAACUGAGGUGAAGCUUGACAACAAAGAGAGCAAUGAGAAGAGACCUGCAAGCUUAGGGACAGCUCUCCAGCAACAUUGGCCAUUGGUGAGGAUUAAGCUGAUGAGCUUCUUAUCCUCCUCUGCAGUCCAUGGCCCCUUCUUCAACCCAACUUUAUCACAACAUG